GAGAGAGAGGGAGCGAGAGAGAGAGAGGGAGGCUGGAGGAAGACCUGAGCGCAGAAGAAGAAGAAACAUCAUCAUCCUCAUCUUUAGAAGAAGAAGAAGAAGGAGCAGCAGCAGGGUCAUCCUCUAACCGUCGCUAAUCACUGACAGCUGCUCAGGACCUCAGGUGUUCUUCCCCCUCACCUCCUCUGGCCUGACCGACCCACCAGCCCGUCACCAUGAACUACCUUCGCCGGCGCCUGUCAGACAGCAGCUUCGUGGCCAACCUCCCCAACGGCUACAUGAUGGACCUGCAGAGGCCGACGCCGCCGGGUUCGUCCACUUCGUCCCCCGCCUCCCCGGCCACAGAGAGGCGGCAGCCCCCGAGCCUCCCGACCCAGCCUCAGGGCUCCGGAUCGGCCCCGGUCUCCGGUUCCGGUUCCGGGUCCGGCAGCUUCCUCAGCUCCUUCUCCAGCGUGGUGAAGAGCGCCCAAAUGGCCCAGAACGUGGCUGCCGCUGCUCACGCUAAAUCGGCGGCAGCUUCUGCAACUGAAGGCGCCUCUGCAGCAGGAAGUCAGCCGGCCAAACCUGUGAUACGCAAACCCAAGAUCCUGCUGGUGAUCGACGACCAGCACACAGACUGGGCGAAGUAUUUCCGAGGAAAGAAGCUGAACGGAGAGUACGAGAUCCGAGUGGAGCAGGCGGAGUUCUCAGAGAUCAACCUGGCCUCCUAUGUGAACUCCGGAUGUAUGGUUGACAUGCAGGUCAACAAAGGUGGCACCAAAGUGGUCAGGUCCUUCAAGCCAGACUUCGUGCUGGUCCGCCAACACGCCUACAGCAUGAUUCCCGGUGAGGAUUUCCGGAACCUUGUGAUCGGGCUGCAUUUCGGCGGCAUCCCGAGCAUCAACUCUCUCUUCUCCAUCUACAACUUCUGCAGCAAACCCUGGGUGUAUUCGCAGAUGAUUAAGCUCUACCACUCCCUCGGCCCGGAGAAAUUCCCCCUGAACGAACAGACCUUCUAUCCCAACCACACACAGAUGGUUACAACUCCUACCUACCCUGUGGUUGUCAAGAUGGGACAUGCCCACGCCGGCAUGGGAAAGAUUAAAGUGGAAAACCAACAGGACUUCCAGGACAUCACCAGCGUGGUGGCGCUGGCCGGAACCUACGCCACCACCGAGCCCUACGUCCAGUCCAAGUACGACAUCCGCAUCCAGAAGAUCGGCAACAACUACAAGGCCUACAUGAGAACGUCCAUUUCUGGUAACUGGAAGGCAAACACAGGGUCGGCCAUGUUGGAACAGAUCGCGAUGACCGACAGAUAUCGGAUGUGGGUGGACUCCUGCGCCGAGAUGUUUGGCGGCCUUGACGUCUGUGCUGUGAAAGCCGUCCACGGAAAAGACGGCAACGACUAUAUCAUCGAGGUCAUGGACAGCUCCAUGCCUCUGAUUGGAGAACACGUGGAGGAGGACAAACAGCUGAUCACGGAGCUGGUUAUCAACAAGAUGGCCCAAGUGCUGCUGGGAGUUUCCACACCUCAGCCUUCCUCUGUCAAGACCACACAGCCCAGACGAGGGGGACACCGCUCUGCUUCCGCUUCUCCAUCCCAGUCGGCCCAGGGCUCUCCUCAGAGAGCCCGAUCAGCCACCACCUCUCCCAGCCAGGCCUUCCAGCCGGGUCCCAUCCCAGCCUCCUCUGGGCCUGGAGCUCAGAAACAGUCACCACAGCUGAACAAAUCCCAGUCGCUGACCAACACCUUCACAGAGACGUUACGAGGAAGCCUGACUGACGACGAGGCCAAAGCUGAGACCAUCCGCAGCCUCCGGCAAUCCUUCGCCAGCCUCUUCUCCGACUAGAAGCUUCCUCAUCCUGUUGGUCGUCAGGUUUAAAGAAAAAACAAACAAAAAAAACCAGAAGAAACCCAACUACUUAAUCUGUUACGGAGUCGCCUCUGUUCUCCAAACCUCAACUCCUUUGGUCCUCCAUGUUUGUGAAGUUUAACACCCGAUGCAACCCGCUGUCCUCAGACCAAUGACGCAUUUAACACUAGAAAGGUCAAUACGAUGGGAACUUUGAAGGCAGUUUUGAGAUGUCAUCAAGUGUAGGUGCAGAAACAAACCAAACUCCAUCCAUUUUCCCACAACUUUUACUGGUUUCUGUUACUUCUUUGCCAUUUAUGCCGCUUAGAAAACCAAUAUAAAUCAGUUUCUACUAUUAUUUUGUCAGUCUUUAUCUACAUUUUCCUCCUUAAACCCAUUAUGUUUUGUGUUUUUAUGAAGCGUGUUAGAGAACUGAUACAUUUUGGUGCUGUUAAACCUGAAAAACAUCCAUUGAAAGUUCAGAUUGGCCUUUCUAGUGAUAAAUUCUAUCCGUAAAUACUCAUAUUCUAGCUCGUACUGCUUGGUAUUUAAUGGUUAUUCUGCAUCGUCUUCGUCCAACCGGUGAAACUGUUUCUGUGUUCACACUUCUGCACUUGUUUGCGUCUACCGUCAUUCUUUUAAUUGACACGCAGCUUCCGAAAUUGAGAUAUAUACGGCAAUAUCCGCCAAACUAAUGAAGAAAAACACAAAUCCUCACGGUUCACCAGCGAUCUUCUCGAAGCAUCUCAGCCAGCAGACGCAUUUCUCAGACAUCCUUGUGCUGUAGACGCAUAUUGGCUCCUCUACCUUGGCCUAACAUUUACCAAAGUGCUUUUUAAUAAAACAUAGAAAAAAAAUACCCCCACCCCCGUCCCUUUCCACCUCCUGCACUGGGUCAAGAAAACAGCUGAACCUUUGUGAUUUUUACGAGGUGCAAACGCUGUACUGGUUUACAGCCGUCGUCUUCCAUCCCAGCUCAGAUCUUCCCCUGCAGCCGUUCUUUUUCGUAACGUUCUGUGCUUUGUGAAUAGCACUAAGAAGUAUUUGUCGUGGGGGGGAUUUGUACCAUAACUUCUACCGCUGGGUCUCUGAAGGCGAACAGUGAGGAUGUAAUAUUUUGAGACUUAAAUUUUCCACUGAGACAGAAAAUGCUUUUGCUUGUUUAACAUCUUCUUGCAAUUUCAGCUAUGAUUGCAGGUAAUUCAUCAUUUUAUUGUUUUUUGGUCUGCAGCAGCUGGAACAUACACACAUGUAUGCUGUAGCUGCAGUGGGAGCAGAUUUCUGCAUGUAAGUGGAUGUUGUAUGUAGAGUUGAACUGUUUGUUUUUUUUAUGGAGAAUCAACAGAAGCUCAUGAUUUCAAUUCGUUACCAUGAUAGAAUAGUUAUUCUAUGGGAACGCUCUCAUUUACAACUUCUUAGGACGUUCCCUGGAAAGAAAAAUGAUUGUUUUUUUGUUCAGAUUAUAGUGAAAUUACAUUAUAGAGAAAGUACUUUGAGCCUGUUCUAGAUGGAUUUUCAGAUGCAAAGAUGGAAUGUGAAAACACAACAGAGCCUUGAAAGAAAAAUUCAGAUUUAAUGGAUGGAAAACACAGACAAAGAUCCCUUUUGUUUUGAGAGUUUUAUUUAAAAUGUGCCAUAUGCUACAACAUUUUCUUCUUUUACCGACUGUCUUAAUUUUCCUUAUAUUAAAUACCAAAAUAUAUCUAUUUUUAAGCAAUUAGGAAACUAAUCAAAAGCUAAAGCAAAUUGCUAGCAAGCAUUUCUUGCCCAAAAUAGUCCCUCGGUGCAAAUGUUGUCGCAUCCAGCUCACAGAAGCAGACAAACUGCAUAUUUGGCUUUCAACGCAGAGCACAAUCAGAAUCUGAUGAUCUAUAAAUUGAUCCUUUUGCAGGAAAUUAGCAAGAUGCCUGGUAGUUAGCUCCAUAAUUAUAUUUCCCUCCCUGUCUAUUUAAUUAAAGAUCUGUACAAAAACAAAUGUAAUUACAGACUGCAGAGCGUAGAAAUAGGAUCUUAGAAUGUCUGUGAGCAGUAUUAAAAGGACCUGUUGAGAUCAAUAAUAAGAAUAAUAUUAAGAAUAAGAAUGGCCCCUGUUUUAUGGUAAAAUUAAUUCAAAUGCAUAAAGGUGUAUAUAGUUUUGUAGUGGUGUGUAUGAGAGUGUAUGUGAGCCUAAAGUUGUAAAUUUGCUAUUAUUAUUAUUAUUAUGAUAGUACCACAAAAAAUUUCCUUUGCAAUAAUUGUAUUAAUAAGAAGUCUGACGCCAUUUUCAUUUUAACUAUGAAACUUGACACUUUAAGAGAAGCUUUUAUUUUUUACCAAGUAUUUAUUUGGGACUUUGCCUUCUUGUUAGCCUAGCCGCGCUAGACAACCCACGGCAAUGAAUUUAAUUCUCUGCCAGGGUCGGUCUAGUUACCCUCGGUAAGCCUCGAGGUUGGAUGCUCCAAAAACUGGCCGACAAAUCACCAUGAAGUGUAGAGUCAGAAGGCGGGCGUAACUAAGUGACGACAGAGGCGCGACGAUUCUGACAGAAACAACCGGAAACAACUAGCCUAGCCGUACUAGACAACCCACGGCAACAAAUUUAAUUCUCUGCCAGGGUCGACAACAAAAACGACAACAGUCGUUGAGCUCCAUUAGCACCGACUCUGAAUAAUCUUUCUGUUAACAUGUCUGUAAUAUACUUGAGCUUCACCCAUUGACUGUCUAAAUAAGGCUUCACCAAACUCCCGCAUCCUCUGAUACCUACCCAAUUGCUGCAGAGUGAUUUGAAAGACAACCUUUUAGCCCGCCUCCCUCCCUGUCCAGAGUUCCAAGACCCUUGUGUCUUCAGACCCUGGGUCUAGCGUGGCUAGGCUACCUUCUUGUCUCAGUGGUGGUAACUUUUUUUAAAUAGAAAAAAAACUGUUUUACUUUUACAAACAGUUUCGCUGAAGGCAGAAAUGAUCAGAUUGGCUGCAUAAAUCAGCAGUGGGUGAGUCUACAGAAUCCCAGGUGUUAGUUUAAUUGCUCUUGCUCAAGGUUUCUGGUCUUAUAAGGUAAUUAUUCAGUUUAUACGCCAAACGGUGGCAGAUUAUUAGUGAAAUAGCAGGUCCUUGAUUAGUUAGCUUUAUGAUUAUCAGCUAGCAUGACAACAGUUGCUAACUGGCUAGCUAAUUAUGCCAACAUCAGUUCUAUAGCCUGAUUUGACUUCAUGUUUCCAGUUCAGUUAGUAAAAAAUGGCUAUUAAAUACAUGAUCUUAUGCUAAAAGACUGAGGCUAAACCCCAUCAGAUGUCAGAAUACAAAUAACGACAGGAUUGUUCCUGUGUCAUAGUGCUAUUUAUUGUAAAUUAACUGUACACUGUUAUAUUAGUUUGGCUAAACACUGUUUAUCUACUUAGCCAGCAAACUUUCAGAAAAUGCGCUUUACCGUUUGUAUAUUCAGACAAUGUUCCAAUUUAGUCCUUUGAAAUGAAAGCAAAGCAAUAUUUUUCCCAAAUGCAAUGUUUUUCAGGGUUUCUUAACUUUUGAAUUCCCCAAAUCUGAUAAAGAGUUUGACAAAUAGGUUUACUGUCAACCAGAUAGCUGUUGUUAUGCAAUGUCAUUAAACCCUGAAAAUAGAAGACUGACGCAGGUUUUCCACUGUAGGCAGUGAGCCAUUUCCUUUUUCAUGCUAAGAUUAGCUGUUAAUCGCUGUUAGUCAAUUUAAAUUAUAUGAACUGAUGAGGAAGAAGAUGAAGAUGUGAAGUUUAAGUGUCAGAAAAUGUUGCAGUUUUGCAGUAGUAACUGGUUGCACCACCAAAUGCAGCCUCUGACUGUUAAAUGAGAUGGAGUUACAGUUAUGUUUGCUGACCGCCUGUAAUGUUUACAUAAAGCAAACAUGCUUCCUUGCUGUCUAACUGACAGUUAUGUUGAUGAACUCUGUAGCAUAAAGUUAUAAAAAUGCAUCUGGCAGCUCUCCAGUUUAGGUAGCUACCUGAAACUUAAGCUAAUGCUAAGCUAGGAUAUUAAAAUGCUAACACAGGCUGGGAGCUGAGUGUCUGUCAGCAGAGAUCAGCAGCUUCAACCAACAUUUGGACCUAAUGAUGAUAUCAGUGAUAUCUCUGAGUAUAGAUAACUCUUAGAGGAAGUAAAUACUGACAGAUUUUUUGGACUGAUAAAGUUUCUGCAACAAUGUUUGUGCACAUCUGUUCCAGUUGAGCAGCUCCAGUAAACAAGUCAGUCCAUCACGUAGAUCAGCAAAGAGGAUUAUGUUGAUAUCAGACUACUGUGAAGACAAGUAUCAGUGGUAAAUACGGUUAUAUGGAGCAACAUUCACUGUAUUUCAUUCAUUUUAACAAUAAAAUGAUUAUUGAUUGUUGAUAUAGCCAUCUAUCGGUUAAGGAAAUGGUUUAAAAUUGGCAUCCUGAAGACCCAUUUAAAAUCACUCCACUCUCUUUGAAUUUAGAGUAUUGCUUUUACAGUCAAACACAGAAAUCUUCAGCACAUAUAUCCAAAAUUUGCUGUUCAGAUUGGGUAACUGAAGCAGCCUUUUACAGCAAUUUAUAACUGUGGUUCUUUAGCUUCCUGCAGUCAUCGAUUGUAGUUAUUCUGCCUUUGAGGGUUGUUUGUAAAAGUAAAAGUUCAGUUCUGCAAUCGGCUUUGUCUCUGAGUCAAUGCAACCUUUUGUCAUUGAGCACUUUUGCAAGCAUUUCAUAACCUUUGGCACUGUGUCAAAAAGGACCAAAUUAGCAUCUCAUUGUGAGACCCCUUGAUGGUUUAAAUCAUAACGUUGUGUCUUUAUUGUAGAGAAUAUUACCACUUAGUGUGUAAUACUGCAGUGCGAUAAGCCAUAACCAAACCAUGAGGAUUUACUGUCCCUUAUGUGCCACGCAAUAAUGGCUGUGACAUCACUGAUAAACUGACAUAUUGAUCACUGUGUCCGUGGCCUGUCCUGACCUGCAGAGACACACAGCACUUACUGUUUUUGAUUUUGAGUUCAAAAUCGAGAUACCACAGAGUUUAAUUACUUGCUACUAAUCCUUCUGCUGAGAUGAAAGACAAACCUUGAUGUCACUUUUCUCUGUUUUACCUUUGGGUUUAAAAUGCAGUUUAGGAUCUUGCUAAUGCCAUACGUGUGCUGAUCUGUUUGGUCAGGCUGUAAUCGAUGACCAGACGUCAGCGUAGAUUUGCUUGUUUAACUCACUUGGCUGCUUUAGCUUCACACACCGAAUUAAUUUAUUUAUUUGUUUUUGACUCAAUUGGAAAUGAGCUGCAAAGUUUACUAGUAACUACCUCAAGUUCAGCAGUGCUCUGCGAAAAAUUGACUACAGAGUGGUAGUACUGGACAAGGUUUUGUGAAAUGAGCACAGUUCCCUUCACCAAAAAGCAAAAAUAUAGUGUCUGAGAUUUCAAACCGAGGGUGAUCAGCUUCUAGAUUUCAUGCAACAUCCAAGUGUCCAGGUGUGCUGCAUGUAAUAAGUACGACUACUCAGUCACUCAACAAACACCCUCUUCUUUAAGUCUUAAUGUUCCCUUAAUGGAAAUACGCUUAGUUUCAUAGUUCUGUGUGCAACAUUGAGGAACACUGGAUAUCACUAAAGCGCCAUCAUUUCAGGGAAAACAAGCGUGCACAUCGGCCACACUUCCCCAUCCCUUCGCAUUUCAUUGCCAACAAGAAAGGUUGUGUACACGAGAACCAACAAAAAAUAACUCAACUACACAACCACUACUAUUUUCCCACACAGGUGGGCAAAGAAAAUAUUGUCAGCUCAUCUUAUCCGCUCUGUUUAUAUCUGUUUUCACAUAUAGUUAGACCAAAUGAAACAGACCUGGUCUAUCCACCAGUAUGUAGAAACAAACACACAAAGAACAUGAGAAAACCAGAGGUCGAGCCAUCAAUCCUGGAAUCAGCAGGCUAAGACAGACAUCCCUCUCCCCAGCAAUGUUUUCCAGUUCCUCCUGCUGGAAGCCAAAGUGUUCCUAGGCCAAAUGAGAUAUGCAAUACUUCCAAUAAGUUCUGGGUCUACCCCUGGGUCUCGUCCCAGUUGAAUAACUCAGAAAACCAAAGAAUGUUGCCCAGGAAGUAUCCAAAUCAGAUGCCCAAACCACAUUAGCUGGCCAAUGUAAACUCCCUCCAGAUGUCCAAACUCCUCACCCUAUCUUUAAGACUGAGCCCAGGCAGUCUGUGGAAGAAACUCAUUUGGGCAGCUUGUAUCCCAUUGUUGCAUUCACUACCCAGAGCUCACGACUGUUGGGGAAAGGUUUGAAUGUUGACUGAAAGCUUUGACUUCCAGCUCAGCUAGAUAGUGAUCUUGUCUAUGACCUGCAUUCCUGCUGAUGCUACACUAAUCCAUCCAUCCCAUUCACACUCCAUUUUACCAUCACUCUUGAACAAAAUCUCAAAAUCUUUUACUUGGGUCAGCAACUCAACCCCAGUUUAGACUGCACUGUCCCUUUUACAUUGAGUCAUGGGAGAACACCGCUAGUCUGUUUAUAAAUGUACACUGACAGUCAAUAGAAACUUUGAGACCAUAUUUUUCAACAUAAUUUUUAUUUUGAAGCCCGAAACUGGAUUUUCUUCAUAUGAAUCAUUUGUUUAGCAUAUUGGCAUACAGAAACAAAAAUCUAAAGUUUCAAGAAUGAUUUCAAAAUAAAGAAUUUCACAAAAGAAAACGGCACCUGCCAAACACAAAGUCACAACAGUCAAUACCGAGUAUGGCCUCCAUUUGCUUCGGUGCAGGCAGCAAUCCGUCGGCACAUGCUUUGGACCAGGCUUCUGAUUGUGGGUUGGAAACAGCCCAUACGCCUGGCUACAUCACUGUAGCUCAAACCGGCCUCCACCAUACCCAGUGCCCGGAGACGAUGUUCAUGUGAUAGACGCGGCAUGAUGCUGUUCACUGGACUAACAAUGGUGGCCUUUUUUGGGCCUUUACGCCUUCAAAACCCAUUCUCAAAUUGUGCAGAUACUCACUGAGUAUUGCUUGGUGUGUAUUUGGUUCACUUUUGCAAAGUGACCAACCCAUGUGCAAUGAAUCAUGACAAAAUGACAACUCAUCAUUAUCUCAACUACCAGGGCACUAGAUCAUCAGUAAAUCCACAAUGAAUAAUUACAACCCCCCUACAAGUAGAAUUCUGCGUACAUUUCUACAUCAAAGUUUCUAUUGACUGUCAGUAUACUAAGGGCCAACAGUUUCAAGGGGAGGGACCUACAUGCACACAUGGCCAUACCUGCUACCAAAACAGAGAACAGAGAAGCUUAAAAAUAACCGUGUGAGUGUGACUUCAUUGUCUGCUAAAGACACCUUUACUCCACUACAUCUUUGCAUGGCAUAUCGUUGUUUGCUGCCUUAUUAAUGCUACAGUUACUUACCAAAACUGGAUUUCACCAUUAAAUACAUGUAUCAAGUACCUUUUUAAAAAAAAAUGGACUCGAUAUGAUUUAAAAACUUUCUCCAUUCGUAGUAUGUCAGUUAACAAAUGCCAUUUUUUAAAAUAUGUGUCACUGAAGCACAGUAGAAACUGAAAUGAUGCAAACAUAAAGGUGGCAUGUUCCUUUUUAGCUAAUUUUGGUCCUUUCUUGUAAGACUUCUGUAUCCAUAUCAAGUUUAAAUGCUGUAUCUUCAUCAUUUCAGUUGCUAUUGUGCUUAUUACACAUGCUACAUAUUGAUGUCAGUUAUUUUCUUUGGGUUCAGAAAUACCACAUUACUGUUUAUUAAUUUAGAGGAACAGUUCAGAGAUCAUUUCCCACAAUAAAAAUAAUAAGGCUUGAAGAGUGGUGUGUUUUAGAUGUUUCGUCCAAUCAUAGCACCGGUUCCACUCAAAAACUUUCACAGCGUUCUUGGAAUUUGUGCUUGUUUCACUAAACAUUGUGAGGCAGAGUUGCGUCGCUUUAUCCCCGUCACAUGGUUUCAGUUGAAUAUUUCACAUUAUAUGGAGAAAAGGCAAUACUCUGCUCCUUUUUUUUGUCUUUUGGGUCUCGACAUGGUUGAGCCAUCAUGAUCCACUCUGGGUGUGUUGAAGCGAUUAAAUAUCCGAACACUGAAGUAAUAUGCAGCCACAGAGACUUGCCAUUGAAUACAGCUAAUACUGCAAGCAAACUCGCGUCCACUUUGAACGUGGCGCAUGUACAUGAGAGAAAUAACGUCAUUGCACGGGUUUAGUUGCCGAUCUUUCAGUCCACUGUGUCCCUUCCUCUCUGCUGAAUGGUGGGUGGUAUUGUUUGGUACUUUCAGUGUAUUAACGUUCUGUAUAUUGGUGUAAAUGUGGCAUGAAAACCAACCCCUCUUGUGUGCCUCAGGUGUGUAAAUUUGGUCGUUACGUGAUCUCAGUGUCUGGCUGCUUAUUUGUGAGAAGUGCGAUGCAUCUCAUGUGUUUCUGUAAUUUAUUAGUAUUAAUAUUAUUUCUGUACUUUUGUUCUUUUGUCUGAAAAUCAAGAUUUCUGUUAUUAAAAGUAACAACUUUUAUUAUA